GUGAAGGCUUUGCUGGCAGCCUGCAGUCAGGACUUCUCUGUUGGAGGAAAUUACUACUACAAAAUAUCAUCCCGACGCAUCCGUCAAAAGGAGGUACAAAUCAUUCCAUGGGUGAUUUGCGACAGCAACUUUGUGCGCUGUCCCUCCUACCAGCUGGACCCUGCCAAGACUGUGUUUGUGGGGGCGCUGCAUGGCAUGCUGAGUGCUGAGGGCUUGGCCAGCAUCAUGAAUGAUCUCUUUGGUGGUGUUGUCUACUGUGGCAUUGACACGGACAAGUACAAAUAUCCUAUUGGCUCAGGGAGAGUGACAUUCAACAAUGAGAACUCGUACAAAAAGGCAGUGCGGGCAGCAUUCAUUGAGAUCAAGACUCCAAAGUUCACAAAGAAGGUGCAAGUGGACCCAUACCUGGCCGACUCUUUCUGCCAGGUGUGUGGCAUGCAGCAAGGGCCAUACUUCUGCCGGGAGGAAGUGUGCUUCAAGUAUUACUGUCGGGGCUGCUGGCAGGAUGCACACCCCAUGGAGGGGCAUGGAGGCCACAAGCCCAUCAUGAGAAACUCCAAGCUGCGCACACAGACCAACAGUAACUACCUCAUCUAGGCAGUACAGCGUGUUGUGUUGAAGAUGGCUGGCCCUUUUUCUUUACACAUUGUAACUUUUUGGUGUUGUCAUUGUGUGCACUGCUGCUGGGAAAAUGAACCUUAUCAUGGUAACUUUUCAGUGAUGAGUGUGGGUUAUGGUGGAAAGUUAAAGUAAUGUUUUAUGAAAAUCUUCAUAAUCACUUCCCCACUCAUUGGUCUGCUGAUUCCACGUUUUAUGUUGUAUAUGACGCAUUAAGCAGUGUUCUUGUUGUUUUAUCUUACUGGGGUGAAUGGAAGGCCCAAAAUUAAUUAUAUUUUAUCUUGAGCCUCCAUUUUAGUUUUGUGCUACAGAGUUAUUUAAUUUUGUUUAUAUUUUGUGUCAACACAAAACUGUUAGCUAUUCUAAUUUUAGUUUAGAUGUCUUUAGUUUCAUUCUAUUGUAAUUGUAAUAUGUCCCCAUAAAAUUUUAUUGCAGCUUCGGUUUACUUUACGUGGAAGGCUGGUAUUGUUUGGGAGGUGGCUUAGUGUGUGGACUCUGUAAUUUACAGAAAACAGUUAAGUUGAUAAGGCUUAUCCAACUUAACAUGGUGGGUUCAACAGUUUUGGCCCUGUAAUAUUACUGAACAUUUUAUAUGAACAUGAAUGGCAGAAAGCCUGUCUUUGAAGCACAUUGGAUUUUACACAUUUUAGAAUUCUUGUGGUAGUCUCUGGGAGGUGGUGGGUGAGAUUCUUUUAUUGUUUGGUAUGGUAAAAAGUGCAUUUUACUGUUCAUUGUUGGGUUUUCACCAAGCAAAGAAGUCUUACAACUUGAAUUAGGCAUCACUGCCAAGAGAGAUGAGUUAUUUUAGUUUUUGUUCAGUGAUUAGAUCAGAUUUUAACAAUUUAGAAUUUUCAUGACCUAAAUUUGCUGUUUCUGCAAGAUUUUACUUAAUUAAUGUUUUGAAAUAACAGGAGUGCAGUCAGACUGCAGAAAAUUUUAUCAGUGUCUGAUUAUAUUAUUUGACUCCAUUGAAAGAAGUUUGGUAAUUUGUUUAUGUUGGUGGUUUGUUUACAUGGAAUUUCAUAGUUAUCAUGUUUUGGAAUUGUUUUGUAUGUUUAAAAGAUUUGUUACUUGAGUUUUGGGAAUGCAAUGUGAAACUGCA